AUGACUUCUGUUCUCUUUCUGGCUUUCCUUUGCUUGGGACUGUCCUCAGCUGCUACAGCACCUGAUCCCAGCUUGGAUGCUGAAUGGCAAAACUGGAAAAUGAAAUAUGAAAAAUCAUACAGCCUGGUUGAAGAAGCAAUGAGGAGAACAGUAUGGGAAAAAAACUUGAAAAUUAUUAAAGACCACAAUGGGGAGAAUGGUCUGGGGAAGAAUGGCUUCACCAUGGAAAUGAAUGGCUUUGGUGACAUGACUGAUGAAGAAUUCAGGAAAAUGAUGAUUGAUUUCCCAGUCCGAGCUCACCCUCGCCAGGAGGGGAAAAGUAUCCAGAAACGUUAUGCUGGUGUUGUUUUACCCAAAUUUGUGGAUUGGCGAAAGAAAGGCUAUGUGACUCCUGUGCGGGACCAGGGCAACUGCAAUUCUUGUUGGGCAUUUUCUGUGAUUGGUGCCAUAGAAGCACAGAUAAUCUGGCAACUAAACAAACUUACCCCUCUGAGUGUGCAGAACCUAGUAGACUGUUCUAAACCUCAAGGCAAUAAUGGCUGUGUUUCGGGUGAUACAUACAAUGCCUUCCAGUAUGUAUUACACAAUGGAGGUUUGGAGGCUGAGGCAACCUAUCCAUAUGAAGGAAAAGAAGGGCAAUGCAGAUAUAAUCCAAAGAAUUCCAUUGCUGAAAUCACAGGAUUUGUGUCCCUCCCAGAAAGUGAGUACUAUCUAAUGGCUGCUGUCGCAACUAUCGGGCCCAUCUCUGUUGGAAUUGAUGCUUCCCAUGAUUCAUUCAAAUUCUACAAGAAAGGUAUUCAUCAUGAGCCAAAUUGCAGCAGUAAUUCUCUGACUCAUGGAGUUCUGGUUGUUGGUUAUGGAUAUGAAGGAAAUGAAAUGGAUGGUAAUUACUACUGGCUGAUAAAGAACAGCUGGGGUAAACAAUGGGGCAGGAAGGGGUACAUGAAAAUUGCCAAAGACUGGAACAACCACUGUGGAAUUGCUUCAUAUGCCUACUACCCUACCACUGUGUGAGUAACUUGAUGGCUACAAGAAAGCACUUGGCAGGAGACAGCAUUUCCAGAGAAGUGCUAUUCCCUUUUUGGUGACUAAACUUUGGUGGGCAUAUGGGAGUUAUGUCCCCGAAAAGCUACAUUGCCAUG